AUGGCAGCAAAUAUACCACCUAGAGCUUGGCCUCCAAUUGUUGCGGUGAUUGGAAACAAUCAAGUUGCGGUGGCGGUGAACAAGUUGGAGAUCGGGUUGGCGUUGGCGGGGCUUGCAGUGCCCAGCAACACGCUGUCAAAAGUGUUUCCCAGCCCGGGAGCGGCCCGCAGUGUCUGGGCCCUGCCGCAGACCUCGUGCAACAUGGUGGCGGACACCGAUCAUCCGGCCGCCUCCGUCACCCAUCACCACCACGACGGCGGCACCGUGGGCCUGGGGGAAGCCGACAUCGCCGAGCAGCAGCACAAGUCCAUUUUUGAUCUUGUUAAGGCUGGGUAA